CUCCACACCGGACCAUCAGUCUGCCGGGACCACACUCCGCUGCGGUCUCUGUGGUCCUCAGUGGUCCGACUGACUCCGGUGGACCAGACCGUCUGUCUGAUGGACCGGACCACCUGUCUGCGGACCAUGACCGACGCCGGGACCGUGGUCCUGAUGUGGUCCGACUCGGGCACGGAUCGACGCGUCAUUGAAACGGUGCUCAGCGGCCCGGGCAGGCCGGACCAGGUGACCCUGAUGCUGGUGACCGUCCCUUCUCAGAGGACAGCCGUACACGCGCUGGUCGCAGAGCUCGAUAUUAGUAUCGGGACCGAUAUCUGGAAGGCGGAGGUGCACAACGACUCAGUGUCGAUGACAGAGUUGUACAAACCGUGUCCGUCCUGCGAGCUGGUCUCCCAUCGGACAGCCCGCUGGAGCUCCGAUCGACUGGAAGUUCUCGACCCGCGACCCCGCCAGGAGAGACGGGGAGACCUCGGCGGCAUCACACUACGAGCCGUCGGGGUCAAGGUGUUUCCUAUAUACACCGACGUGGAAAACAUUAACGGAACUGUACAGCCGGUUGGGGGAGUGUUCUUCGAGCUCGCCUCCGCCCUGGCUAGCGACCUCAACUUCCGUUUAAACAUCACACUUCUGGAGGGGUACGCGUACGGGAAACGGCGACCGGACGGCACUUACACGGGUAUGGUGGGCGAACUCCAGGCUGGACGGGCUGACAUGACCGUCAGUGAAGUGUCAUUUACCAAUGAGCGAGAACAGGUGAUCGACUACACUCAGACCGUAUCCGUUAUCAGCCGGCGUGUGUACGUGCACAUCCCCACGGUGCUGGACAGCUGGCUGGCCCGCUACUCGCGUGGCAUCAGCGCCGGCAUGGUCGCCCUCUCGCUGGCCGCGGUCGUCCUCCUGGCUCUCACCCACCGGUUCUGCGAGAGGAUCCUGGCGCGUGCUCAGGAGGACGGUCGUCGAGAGGACUGGAAGGAUACUGAUGACGGCAGGAUGUUCCUCGAGGUUGCAGAAGGAGAAGCUGGUUUGGCCGACACGCUCUGGAUCAUGCUAGGACUGAUGCUGCAACAAGGCGCAGAUGUAUGUCACAAAUUGUGGUGCUGUUAUCCGGAAAAAUGUGGUCAUUGUUAG